AUGGCAGGGGUUAGCGCACAGCUAGGAGGAAUGGGUCAUUUUAGUCACGGGGUGAAGGUUUCUAUUCGUUCUUUUUCGUCAGGGCAUAUUGAUGUUAUGAUUGAAGAUGGAUAUUCUGGUCCAUGGGUAGUGGGAGGUUAUUUUAAUGAAGUACUGGAGCUUAAUGAGUAUUUGGGUAGACGUUAUAGACCAGCGUCACAAAUGCGGGAUUUUUGCGUGGCUCUUGAGGAUUGUGGUUUGACAUCAAUGAAGUAUAAGGGUUACAAGUUUACUUGGACAAACAAUCGAAAUGGGGAUGACAGAGUCCAACUUCGGUUCGACAGGGGAGUGGCGAAUGCUACGUUUUUUCAAGCUUUUCCGGGGGCGAUAGUACAUCAUAUUCGGUGGGGUGGGCUCGAAGAUUUAUGUUUGAAGAAAUGUGGACUGAAGUUGAUGGGUGAACGGAGACAGUUGUUCAAGCUUGGGGAGAGGGACAAGAUUCAAGGGCAACUUGACGGAUUCAAAAAGAAACCGCAAACAGAUGAUGUGGUGCAGUGUCAACGCAGGCUGGCUAGUGAGUUGGAUAUACUACUUGCGAAGGAGGAGAUGAUCUGGCAACAAAGGUCUCAAGUCUCUUGGCUUAAAUAUGGGGACCGGAAUACAAAAUUGUUUCACGCACAAGCCAAACAAAGGGGACGAAGAAAUUUCAUGCAAGGUAUUUUGAAUGAGCAUAAUGUGUGGAAUACUUCCAAUGAAGGCGUUGGCUCUAUUUUUUGUGAGUAUUUCAAGAAGCUAUUCACCACUAGUGGUGAGAAUGAUUUUAGCAUUGUAUUGGCUGCAGUGCAACCUAAAGUGACCAGUGAACACAAUGAAAGAUUGAGCCAGCCUUUUACUAGAGUCGAAUUGGAGGAUGUGCUCUAA